CUAAGGGCGGGGAUUCCGCCGUGCGUCAUUUCCGCUUCUCUCGUGGUGCGGAGGAGCCGCGCGCCGAGCAGGACAAUGCCUAAGUCAAAGGAACUUGUGUCUUCAAGCUCAUCUGCCAGUGAUUCAGAUAGCGAAGUUGACAAAAAGGCAAAGCGGAAAAAGCAAGCAGCUCCGGAAAAGCCUGUAAAGAAACAAAAGACUGGUGAAAGUUCAAAAGGUGCAGCUUCUUCUAAGCAAAGCAGUAACAGAGAUGAGAAUAUGUUUCAGAUUGGCAAAAUGAGGUAUGUCAGUGUUCGUGACUUUAAAGGGAAAGUCUUAAUUGAUAUUAGAGAAUAUUGGAUGGAUCAAGAAGGUGAAAUGAAGCCUGGCAGAAAAGGUAUUUCUUUAAAUCCAGAACAGUGGAACCAGCUGAAGGAACAGAUUUCUGAUAUUGAUGAUGCAGUAAGAAAACUGUAAAGACAGAGCCAUACAGAAAUGUUUAUCAUUUUAGUUGUUUUAAGCAGUCUUUUUACAUUGGCUUUUGUUUUCUAAAAUAUUGUUUUCCAAGCUAUUGUAUAUUUGGAUUGCAAAACAAUUUGUAAGAUGAAUACUUUUUUUAUGUGCAUUAAAAGUGUAUUCUGAGUGAGGCUAUUUGUGUAUACUUUACUAAAAGGAAAAUGUGUUGCUUCCACCUCAUGGUGUAAAAUAAACAAAUCAAUAAUAUGUAAAGCAUAGCUGUUUAUGGCCUUUUGAUUGAAGAUGUUUGCAGAGAAGGCCACCUGAUAGUUUUAAUCUUUGUUUUAGUUUCAGUUUAGUUAACAGUUAAUAUGAAUUGGUUUUCUGAGGAGAUUCUUAAUGUCUCCAUUUACUUUUUUUUUCUUUUAUUUCAUAUUCUUUGGUAUUUCUCUAGAAGCUGUUUUCUUUAAGACUUGAUACAAAAAGUGAAUACCUGGUAAAACACACUUUUGUAGAUAAUUUUAAAUACUGUAUUUGCUAAUUUACCCUAUUUAUUCAGAUGUAAACAGUCCUGAGUAUAUAGACUUUUUUGCAUUACUUGCAUGAAGUAUUAUGGUAAACAGUAACACUUGAACACAAGCCACACACUACUUCCCAUUUUUCUAUAGCUUGCUUGACUUGGAAAAUGCAGUUAGCCUUUAUUCUUGGACACUAGGUUUUAGAAGGUGAUGCAUAAACUUUUACAGUAAUACAUAUACCUCAGUGUAAGAUAGAAUUUAAAAGCUCCUAAUUUGGUGGUUAUUUGGGUAACCUUUCCAAACUUUGCAUUGAUUUAAUUUUUGAACAUGUACUGACUAGUUAUUCUAUAGGCAAGAACACUUAACCUGCCUUUGUAGGGCUUUUGUUCAUGUUUGAAAGUAUUGCAUAAACAGUUGUUUCAAUUAGGCUGUAAGACAAGUUGAACAGUUAAACGGGGUUAAAAUUUUCAGCCAAAAUGGCUGGCUAAAAUGCUUCUGCCCUAUCCUUACUGCCUGCUGAAACCUUUUAACUUCACUUGCUUUGUGUGGCUUACAUGUGCAUAAUUGUUUCUUUUGUACAGAACAUAUUUGGCGCUUACAAUGGAGCGCUGGUACAUAGAGAAUCAUGGUUCUAGUGAACUUCACUUGUCUAUCAGUAUCCUAUUCUGGUAAGAAAAGCUUCUCUUCAGCAGAAGCUAUAUUAGAUUAAAUGCUGUCCUACACUCAAGGUAAUUUUGGUAGGUGUUCUGAGAUGAAUGAAAAAGGGAAAACACAAUGUUUGAAUAGUAUUUGGAGAGAAGGGCAGUGCAGAAAUUAAAGUGAAAGAUCAAAGUUAGCUGACAAUAACUGCAGUGAAAAAACUUGUUAGUGGAAUUGGAAAGAGUUCAUCUUCUGACUUAGUGCAGUUAAUUGGAAGAAGAAGAUAAAACAGCUUCAUGAAAAAUGACAUUUCAAGACCAUGUAGUGAAUGUACAACCUAUUGGUUCUGCUGUAAUUUUCCCAUUUGAUGUUAAACUUGUAUUUUUUAAAUUUUAUAUAGAUAAACUGGACUUGCUAUUUGUUUAAUUUUGGAAUAUCUUAAUAUAAUUGUUUAUAUUGUAGACAUGCAUGGAAGUCCUGUUCUGCUAAGUGCCAUACACAGACUGUUCAGGUGCUGCAGAGUUUAUAAUUCAAUACAAGUGGUACAUGAAGGGUGAGGAAAGGAGACUUCAUCAAAUUAAAUAUAAUUGUUUAGUUUAACUGUUAUGUCGGAUAUCUCCACCUGCUUUUUAACUUACCCACAGAGAAAUUUCAAAUAAAGUUAAAACUUGGUUUUGUAUGACUCAGGAAAGCUGAGUUUUUUUAGGAACUGUUUGAGGGUGAAUAAAAGGAUGAAGAGAUGUUUUGUGGUAGCCGCUCCAUUUUUUGGGCAUCUCUUUUCGAGUGAGUGACUCAUAGGGAUAUUGGGACCAAAUAGAAUAAAUACGUAGUCUGCUAAAAUGUCACAGAUGAGUGAAUGAAAAGUUACUUCAGGUCACUAUUAACAGUUCUAAGUAUUUUUAUUUGCAAUAUGUACAUACGAAAAUUUGUUUUGAAAGUUUGUAACCGAUUUUCACUUGUUUUACCUUAAAACUUCCAUGUCACUACUUAAAAGUGCAUGAUUGUGAUAGAGGGAACAUUGUCCUCACUUUAGAUGACUGCGGUAGUAGAUCAUUGGAUGACAGUUAUGAAUCAGUACAAUAUAAUUUUGUUCAGGAGGGUGGAAAGUUAAACUCAUUCUUUUUGGGAGAGUAAGUGACAGUUUUAAUGUAGUGAUUAGUUCUGUUGUGGAAACUGAUGGUAGAGAGGUUCAAAGAAAUAAGUAUUUGUUGACAGAGAAUUAUUAGUUCUACCUAUAGAUAAAUAUCUUGCUAAAAUCUAGUGGUGAUGAUUGCUAGAGCUGUUCAUCCCAUUUUCCUUGAUACUUGAUAAAGUUUGGGGCAGUUUGGUUUUACUUAGCUUGUGUGUUUAGAAAUAGUCUUUCAUAUCCCAGCUAUGUUUCUGUCAGUAGUAUUGAUAAAAUGUCAUGUAUUUUAUUUGAGCUAGUCUUUUUAACAUCUGCAAGAAUUUACAACAAAGUAAAUAAACCAGUUUCCCAAAUGAACUCAAAAUGAGACAUGCUGAACUGUGGAAGGAAUUCAGUGAGCAUCAAAUGACAAUCUGCUUGCUAAGAGUUUGACACAUCUGAUGUUAUUUUUGAUAUGAAUCACUUGUGAUUUGCGUGUCACUUGCUUGUGAUUUGUCAUACAAGUACUGUCUAUGGCUGUAGCUUUCUAAUUUGAGAAGAAAACUCAAUUUUUUUGAAGAUUAUUUUCUUGCAGACAAAAUAGUAGUUAGGAUGCGUACAGAAGUGUCCACAGAAGAAAUUUGUGCAUAUGAAAAAAUAAAUGUGUAAUAUGAGAAAAAUAAAUAUUGUUUCUUUUUCCUACUGAAGUGGCUAUAGACAGAUGCAUUUGAUUAUUGAUAUUUAUGCAGGGCGUGUUAGCAAUAUGUUUUAUAAGUUAAACCUAUUAUGGAAAUUAGGAGGGAGAAAAGGCAUCACAGAGCUGCCAAAGUAUUGUAUGUGUUCUAAAUCAAACUGUUACAUACAAUGUUGCUCUUAUGUACAGACAUCCAUAUUGAAAUUAAACAAAUGUAGGACCUUGCUAUUUCUGUUAAAGGAAAUGCCCCAUUUACGUACUUUUUGUGAUCUGUUAGCAAAAGAAAAAAAAUGGUAAUUGUAAUUUUGGUAACUCAGAUGUCAUGUUGUUAACCAUGUGGAAUGUUGAAUGUUUUGUUCUGGUGGUAUCUUUUGCAGAGAGGCCACUGGAGAUACGAAUCCUCCAACUGUAAUUAUCUUAAUGUUCAAAUAAAAAUAAUCAAAAGAUAUAUGUGUAAUACCAGUUUGAACACCUGAAAAUAAAGAUUUGUGUUGGCAUA